GGCCAUGAUACAACAGCAGCUGGUAUGAAUUGGGCCCUGUACUUACUUGGACAUAAUCCUGAAGCCCAGAAGAAGGUUCACAGAGAACUGGAUGAAGUGUUUGGCAGCACUGAGCGUCCUGUUACAAUGGACGAUUUGAAGGAGCUUCGAUACCUUGAGUGUGUUUUGAAAGAAGCCCUUCGGCUCUUUCCUUCAGUUCCGCUGUUUGCCCGUGCCUUGAGAGAGGAUUGCUCUAUUAGAGGGUAUAAAAUACCAAAAGGCACAAAUGUUGUUGUUGUAACUUAUGCCUUGCAUAGAGACCCUGAGAUCUUCCCUGACCCAGAGGAAUUCAAGCCUGAGCGAUUCUUCCCUGAAAAUUGUAAGGGAAGGCACCCAUAUGCUUAUGUGCCCUUCUCAGCUGGUCCCAGGAACUGCAUUGGUCAGCGUUUUGCACAAAUGGAGGAGAAAGCUCUUCUAGCUCUCAUCUUGCGGCGCUUUUGGGUGGACUCAUGUCAAAAGCCGGCAGAGCUUGGUAUAACUGGAGGACUGAUUCUUCGUCCAAAUAAUGGCAUCUGGAUUAAGCUGAAGAGGAGGCAAAAUGCUGGAUCAGAAUGA